CUAAGCCCAUACCAUCUUGUGGACGGGAUGCCUUUGGGAUUCUGCAGCCCCAUGGUCGCUUCAGAAGUGACUUUGCACAUGGAAUGAUCUAUGAAAAGCCAGCGGUGAUCAUCGACAACGGUUCCGGGCACGUCAAGGCUGGCGUUGCAGGUGAAGAGGCACCACGAUGCAUCUUCCCUGCGGUUGUGGGGAAACCCAAACAUGGAGCAAUGAUGCCAGGAACCGACAAGAAAGACUACUAUUUGGGAGAGGAAGCGGUAUCAAGGCGUGGUGUGCUGACAUUGUCAUACCCGAUUGAGCACGGCGUGGUGAAGGACUGGUCAGAGAUGGAGAAGGUGUGGCACCAUACCUUCUUUGAUGCUUUGCGGGUCAACCCAGAGGACCAAGCGUGCAUUGUCACAGAGGCGCCAAUGAACCCGAAGAAGAAUCGAGAAAGAAUGGUGGAGAUGCUCUUUGAAAAGUUCAGCUGCCCGGCAGCUUUCAUUGUGAUUCAGGCAGUAAUGUCUUUGUACUCAUGCGGACGUACAACUGGGACAGUGGUGGAUUCUGGCGAUGGAGUUACGCACACAGUGCCAGUUUACGAAGGCUUUGCUCUUCCCCAUGCUAUUCAGAGGUUGGACUUGGCAGGCAGAGACUUGUCAGAAUACAUGGCAAAGGUGCUGCUUGAAACUGGUUGCAAUAUGACAUCCUCAUCGGAGAGGGAUAUUGUAAGGGAGAUGAAGGAGGGGAUGUGCUAUGUUUGCACUGGCGACUUGAAGAAAGAGUUGCAGUCUGCGCAGGAGAGGCCAACGGACUACGAGAAGAUCUUCGAGCUGCCUGAUGGGCAAAAGGUCAGCUUGACGGCUGAGAGGUUUAGGGUGCCGGAGGUCAUGUUUGAUCCAAUGAUAGCUGGCAGAGAGCUUCCUGGGCUUCACCAGUCAGUUUAUCAGUCUAUCCAGGCGUGCGAUAUAGAUCUGAGAAGAGAGCUUUUUGGGAAUAUUGUUCUCAGCGGAGGGAAUACAAUGUUUCCGGGUAUUGCUGAUCGACUGGAACUGGAGUUGAAGGCUCUUGCGCCUCAGAAGAUUCAUGUCAAAGUGGUGGCGAACCCUCACAGAAGGGUGACUUGGAAGCAAUGAAUCGUAGUUGCGCAGCUGUUGGCUUUGUGAAGUGGCACCAAGCAGUGAAAGUCAGCUGCCACAUGUGGAAAGCGAAGACGAGUCCAAUCUCUUGGCAUUUGGACAGUACAUUCCAGACAACUACAGAAAUCAGACAACUGGGACAAGUUGGAGCUCCUCAGAGAUAGUGGCCGCCGAAUUGCAGCCUGGUGAAGCAUCGGCGCAUAACUUCUUAACAAUUCAUAGUUCAUCACCCAACCAGGAUUCGGUGGAUCGGGUUGGCCUUGCAGUGCGUUUGGUCAAAGCAGCUGCAGGAGUUGGUCGCCGUGACCGAGUCACGCGCCUUUGCGGAAAUGGAGAUUUGUAUGAUUUCGAGAUGGAGGAAGUCCCGCAGACUGAAUUUGGUCAGAAAGAGUUGGUGGAGUGGCACAAGUCUUUGGACAGGGAAAAGGCAAUGUAUUUUGCUGAUAGGCCGCAGUCCAAUUACAAGUGAAGCUGGCACAGCUGUCACCUUCGACGCAAGACAAAGGAAGUGUGAAGCAGCAAAACUAGCUCAGUUGCGGAAUCAGAUGUGUGUGUGUAUAUAUAUAUAUAGUCUAGUUGUUCUUGUGGUGUGCCAAUGUGUGCCAGAUGCUUAGAAGAAACUGAGUCAUGAUGUUCUGAUAUUCGUUCAAGCAGGUACAUUGUUUGGAUGGGCGCUUCUAUUCUUUCAAAGUUGUCGACCUUCAGCGCAAUGCUGAUCGGGAAAGCUGAGUACGACGAGCUCGGACCGGCAAUUGUUCAUAGCAAGUGCUUCUAGUGUAGCCUGCAUGCACUAAUUAUCCCGCAAUUCUUAAAUCACCAAGCCUGUGUUGACAGCGCGUGGCAGCUUUCACGCAUUGAAAAGGGUACCAAUCGAGUCUAUUUGACAUGCCAGUGAUGCAGUUGCACAGUGCUGUUCCCUCGAGUCCUGAGCUUGCUCAAGGUUGCAACCUUUGCAGAGUGCAGACGCACUAGAUGUGAG